GAACUUCCAAGUAAAUCUGGUUGCAUAUUUACCAGUCUUUCAAUUCCAUAACAUGGCUCCAGUGCCUAGUUUACCAAUUAAAGUUGGACAUAUUGAUGAUGUCCAAGAACUAAGAAAAGCUAAACCAGCCACGGUUCCUGAAAGAUUUAUCAGAGACAUGGCUGAUAGGCCAAAAGUUGUUCCAAAUCUAUCAUCAUCUCUUGACAUUCCCAUCAUUGAUCUUUCUAAGCUCAUGAAAACAGACAAAGAUGAAGUUAUGCAGCUUAAAACUGCCUGUGAAGAAUGGGGAUUUUUCCAGGUACUGAACCAUGGGAUUGAUCUGAAUGUUGUUGAAGACAUUGAAAACGUAGCCAAGGAUUUCUUCAUGUUACCUUUACAGGAGAAACAAAAGUAUCCAAUGGCUCCAGGGACAGUUCAGGGCUAUGGUCAAGCUUUUGUGUUCUCAGAGAACCAGAAGUUGGAUUGGUGCAAUAUGUUUGCUCUUGGUGUUGAGCCACCUUGUAUAAGGAACCCAAAACUCUGGCCAUCAAAACCAGUUAACUUCAGAGAAACUUUAGAAAUUUAUUCAAGAGAAGUGAGGAAACUUUGCAAGACACUUCUGAAGUAUAUAGCAGUGAGCCUUGGACUAAAAGGGGAUGUUUUUGAAGAAAUGUUCGGAGUGGCUGUGCAAGCAGUAAGGAUGAAUUAUUAUCCUCCAUGUUCAAGACCUGACCUUGUUUUGGGCCUUAGUCCACAUUCAGAUGGAAGUGCCCUUACAGUGUUGCAGCAGGGAAAAGAUAGCUCAGUUGGUCUUCAAAUCCUUAAGGGCCAAACGUGGGUGCCUGUUCAGCCUAUUCCAAAUGCACUAGUCAUCAACAUCGGUGACACUCUAGAAGUUCUUACAAAUGGAAAAUACAAGAGUGUGGAGCAUAGAGCAGUAACUCACAAAGAGAGAGACCGCCUUUCAAUCGUCACUUUCUAUGCUCCAAGCUAUGACAUAGAACUUGGUCCAAUGGCAGAACUGGUGGAUGAGAAGAAUCCAUGCAGAUACAGAAGAUACAAUCAUGGAGAGUACAGUAAACAUUACGUAACCAACAAGUUGCAAGGCAAAAGAACCCUGGAUUUCGCAAAGAUCCAAUCCAAGACCUCGAAUUAACAAGGAUUCCACUUUGGUCUCCCCCCCCCCCUAGAUCACUAUUCUUGUACUAUUUAACUGUAAGAAAUGAGCUUCUAUCAUGGUGGACUGCGCUGUUUCUUCUGUAACAAAGUUUUCCCAAAUGCAUAUCAGCUUAUGGAAGCUUGGUGGGACCUUUGUUUAGUAAAGCUUUCUUGUCAAA